UCAUCCAGCCGCUAGGGGGCGAAACACUAAAACUGUCUCUAAACGUCGUUGACUGUUGUUAUGCUGCUGACUUCCGCCUCGUACAGCGAGGAGCUAACUACGAGCUAUAUUUAAUGUGCCGCUAAACCUUUUUAUGUUUUGUGCAUUUACGUUUAGUUAAUGUCCAGGUAUUUCUAAAACAGGAAACGGAGACACUGAAGAGCAGCAAUGUCGUUAUAUGAUGACCUCGGUGUGGGAGCCAGUGACACCAAGACAGAAGGCUGGUCCAAGAACUUUAAGCUCCUGCAGUCCCAGCUGAAGGUGAAGAAGGCGGCUCUGACCCAGGCCAAGACCCAGCGGAUGAAGCAGACCACUGUCUUGGCUCCAGUUAUUGAUCUAAAGAGAGGAGGCUCCAGUGAUGAGAGACAGAUCACAGACACUCCUCCACAUGCUGCCGCGGCCCUCAAGGACACUGUGCCCAGUGGUUUCUCGUCCGGCGAUGUGCUGAUCCCCUUGGCAGACGAGUACGAUCCAAUGUUCCCUAACGACUAUGAGAAGGUGGUGAAGCGACACCGAGAAGAGCGGCAGCGACAGAGGGAGCAGGAGCGGCAGAAGGAGAUCGAGGAGAGAGAAAAGAAGAGGAAAGACAGGCACGAUGGCGGAGCUCCGAGUGGUUUCUCUCGUUUCCCUGCAGCAGAGGGCGAAUCAGACGAGGAGGACGACUACGAGACAGAGCGGAGGAAACGAAGUGGAGCAGCUAUCGCCCCUCCUUCUUCACUUGUCGACAAAGACGGCUCGUACAACUACGAGGAUGAAGGUCGUCCUGCCAGAGGCUCAAAGGCUGCCAUCCCUCCACCUAUGUAUGAGGACAUCGAUCGGCCACGUUCACCACCCGGACCAACCAGCUCCUUUCUGGCCAACAUGGGAGGUACGGUGGCCCAUAAGAUCAUGCAGAAGUAUGGCUUCAAAGAAGGCCAGGGCCUGGGGAAGCACGAGCAGGGCCUAAGCACGGCGUUGUCCGUGGAGAAGACCAGCAAGAGAGGCGGAAAGAUCAUCAUAGGAGACGCCGCAGAAAAACCAGGGUCCAGCCAGGCAGGUGCUGCUGAGACUUCAGGCGUAGGCUCUGCAGCAGCAGACUCUUCCAAGAAGUCAGAGGCCAACCCGCUCACAGAGAUCCUCAAAAACCCAACCAAAGUGGUCCUGCUCAGGAACAUGGUGGGCCGAGGAGAGGUGGAUGAAGACUUGGAGGGAGAGACGAAAGAAGAGUGUGAGAAAUACGGCAAAGUGGUAAAAUGUGUCAUUUUUGAGAUUGCAGUUGUACCAGAUGAUGAAGCUGUCAGGAUAUUUCUGGAGUUUGAGAGGGUGGAGUCAGCCAUCAAAGCUGUGGUGGAUCUGAACGGACGUUAUUUCGGCGGGCGAGUCGUCAAGGCCUGCUUCUACAAUUUAGACAAGUUUCGGAUUUUGGACCUCGGCGAGCAGGUCUGAUCCUCCUCUGGCCACCGACAGACACACAUCAUUUCCUCACUUGUACAUAAACCUUUUUUAUAUUUCCUCAACAGCAGUGAAGUGUCUGUAUGUAGUGUUGAGUUAAUCUUGUAGAUUUCUUUUUCCUGUCAUGAAAACAUUAAUACCUUUAUGUCAAGACAAAAUAAAGGCUAUAAAUUAU